CAGCGUAGAUCAAUCGAUCCAGAGCCCGCGAAGAAUUGCUGGACAAGGACCGAGCGGAUCAUCCUCUUGUUCAUCCUCCUCUUCCUCAUCCUCACGGAAAGGAACGAUGACGCCGGUGUGGAACGAGCUCAGCGGUGGGGACUCUGUUGGCGCUGGUGGUGGAUUUUCAGGAUCUGAAAGUGGAUGGACAAGAAUCAAUGCAGCCUCUUCGGGCAUGGGUGGCCCAUCUGACAACGGAAUCGAAGAUGGCGGCAUGGGCAAUGGCUCCGGAGCAGGCAGAGGAGGAGGAGGCGAGGGCGGUCCCGAUGGCGAUGGUGGCGAUGAUGAUCGGGCUACCAAAGACAAGGCAAAGAAGGCCAAUCCUCUCGUCGACCUGAUCGAGACGGAGACGGCAUACGUAAGCGAGCUGGGCAAGAUCAUCAAAAAGGUGGCAGGAGCAUGGAGUCGGUCCAACUUUCCUCCUCCGGAGCUCGACACGAUGUUUCGAAACGUAGAGUCGAUCUACCGCGUCAACCGCUCGUUUCUCAGAUCUCUCAAGGAAAUUGGUCCGAACCCUUCGUCGCCCCGUGCGCUGGGAGACUUGCUGAUGCGCUGGAUCGAUGACCUAGAGACGCCGUACACGCGCUACUGCGAGAACUACUUCACCGACUUUGACACCUGGGCCACGGUCCAGAGUAAUGCUAAACUCCCGCCACUGCUCCAACAAAUCUCUGAGAGCGAAGACGGUUUGCCAAUCGUCUACUCGGACAAGAAGCGUCAAGCUGGAAGCGUGUGGACCUUGGAUCAGCUCUUUGCGCUGCCGCAAACCCGGCUCAAGUACUACAAAAAGCUAUAUGCACGACUACUCAAGAGCACUCAGCCGGGUCGAAGCGAUCACAGGCUCCUUGUGGCUGCCAAUGAGAAGCUCGACGAGCUAUUGGAGCUGUCCAAGAGACGAAUCGCCACGUCUAUCCUUGACGACGGAUCCAUUCUUCGAUCAAGUACUCGUGCGAGCGCCGAAAGCUCAGCUGGCGAUACGAGCAACACUCUAGAUGCACCAGCGCAGCGUGCCUCUUCGGCAACGUCUGCUGCGUCUGGAGAAGCGCAUCAUACCCCGCAGCCUACAAUAAAGGACAGCAGCCCACCUUUUCAGGCCACGGUACAAGCUCCGACCCCCCUCGUCAAGGUACCUGAGCCUUCGCCCAACGGUCGUCUCCCAUCUUCUCACGACAGCGCUCUGGAGCCGACCGACAAUCUCGAAUACCGCCUCGACACUGCAAGGACACUCGACAUCUUCUCGAUGCAGCCAAAGAAAUGCCAGUUACGAAUGAACCCUCCGACGCUGCCAUUCACACGAGAGUUGCGAAAAUCGGCCGACGUCGUCAUCUACUUCACUCCAACGAGCACAGGCAAUGAAUUGGUGCUGCGAAGGGCCCAUAUUUUCCUCCUCACCGAUCUCUUCCUCAUCUGCGAGCGAAAAACGCCGAGCGAACGGGCAGGAGGAACCACAAAGGCUGACCUUUGGCUUCUCUACCCACCAUUGGCCGGCAAGCAUCUGCGUGUCACAGAUGCCGGGGGCGGGCAAGGAAAUGUCCUCUCAGUUCUCGUACUGAAGAAGGAGACGCUCAUUAUCCACACCGAGUCGCGACAAGCAAAGGAAGAUUGGAUCUACCAGUUUGCCGAAUGUCAAAAGUUUGCCAACAACCUCGGGCUUAAGCUCAAGACAGGCAGCGACGCGCCUCAGGAUCAAAGCAAUCCUCUCUAUCCUAAUGGCUCUUCGCCGGACCCUCGGAUGCGGACAAUGGCGGCAAGCCCAUCACCUAUGUCGCCGACCAUGAUGUCUUCGCCGAUGACGGGGUCAGGACCUGGAUAUGGACCAGGAUCCUAUGGAAGACCUUCUCCACCCCUUGGACCAGGGCGUCCGGGUCAAUUCCGACCUGGCUUUGUGACGCCAUGGCCCAGCGGCAUCGGGAGUACCAACAAGGCUUCUUUGCCUCCUCGGCCCGGCAUGAAUGAUUCUCCGCCAUCGCGACCCAUGUCUCCUCCUGGACAGCCGCCCAGCAGCAACAAGGGCAACGCGGGAAGACCAUGGCCGCCGUUACCUCCUCCUAAUGCCAUGCACGCACACAGCGGUCGCCCUCCUCAGAGGCCGCCGCCUAGUCAAACUGACUUUCUCCACGAAGGCCCCCGUGGCGCCAAUAGACGUCCGUCCGCCCCCAAUCUGAGGGGAGCGAGCGAGUCUGGCCACAACGGCAUUCACAACGGCGGCAACAAUGGCGGCCCUUACCGGUCCAGGUCAGCGUCAAGCGAGCACAGCGGGCCACCGAAGCUCCCUUCCGACUUUCUCAAACAACCAGGGGCCCGGCCCAAAGAUCAAGAGUACAGCCCGCCUUCUAGCCCGACACAGACGCGAAGAGGGCCGAAAUCUUCGCAGGUGGCUGCCCAGAUGCGGUGUCGACUGUACCUCAAGCAGUCACAUGCCCAGUGGAAGUCUCUGGGCAAUGCCCGGCUGAAGCUCUACCAUCUAAUGCCCGACGAUGUCAAGCAGCUCGUCGUCGAAAACGACAAGAAGCCAGACCCCUUGAUUUCUUCGAUCAUUCUCCCCGACGGAGUGGAGAGGGUGGGCAAGGUGGGCGUGGCCAUUGAGCUGAGCGACAAUGGCCAGCGAACGGGCAUCAUUUACAUGAUCCACCUCCGGAGCGAAGAGAGCGCAGUCGCUCUCUUUGGUCAGCUUCUCGAGGGGUCCGAUCGUUCCGUCAUUGGCACCUUGUCGUAGCUCCUGGCCCCCGCCUUGGACUUCUCUCCCUUUGGGUUCAUCUCUUCCCCCUCCCACCUCUUCUCCCUCGUUUCCUCGGGACAUUUCCUUAGUU